CAAUGUUUAAAAGCCCGUGGCACACAAGGAGAUAGGUUUUUAUGGAGAGCGGCUUCUGGGAACUGCUCACAGAGAAGAAAGCUCUAGGAGGGCAGAACCAGGGGCACAGAAAGAGCCAGGACUAUCUGAAGCUGCUUGCAAGUAUAGGCAAAAUGAAGGUGACUCUGGUGCAUAUGUUGUUUAUGAUGUUGCUGCUGCUGUUAGGCCUGGGCCUGGGCCUGGGCCUGGGUCUUCAGAUGGCUGCUGCAGUCCUGGAGGACAAUGAUCAGCCACUUAGUGAGUUUUGGCCUGGUGACUCCAAUGACAAAGCUGAGGCCACUGAAGAGGGAAAAGGCAACUGGACCACAGAAGCACUGGUGCUCAGCUACAAAGAAAUGGCACAAUCUGUCUGGCCACAAGAGACUACCCUCAAUGAAGAUGAGGUUGUAGGAAGCAGGAUGCUGAGGUCUGAGGUUCUCUUUCAGAGCAAACAAGACCGUCACCUUAGGUUUGACUUAAGUGCCAGGGACUGUAACACCAUGAUGACACCCAAGAUGAAGGAGUAUGAUCACGAAUGCAUAAACCAGUACACGUUCAUCCAUGAAACUCCAAGCACGGUCAAAGAAGUCUGUGAAAGUCCUGUGAUUGACUGUGACCUCAAGGGCUCCAAAUGUCAUAAAAGCUCCCGCCCUUUUGAACUGACAUUGUGCAUAUUGUCCAAACCAGGCCAACUCUUUCCCAACUGCCAUUAUCUGACUUACAUAACUGAAAAGUUCAUUAUCGUAACGUGCGAUGGCUACAAGCAAAUUAAGCUUCAGUGAGGCACCUCAUGCCUUUCUCCUCUCUGCAUCUCAUUGUCUUUCUUCUUUUGCAUUUCCAUUUGCUGAUGCUUCUGUCCCCCACUUGGGUGCCCUAUAAAAAAGAUCCUGGGAAGUGAGGAU